AUGGAAGAGUUUGCCUUGAGCGAGGAACUCGAAAAACUUCAGGAGGAAAAUUAUUAUCUCAAGACUCUAGCCAAUCUAAGAGAAGCCGACUUGAUACAAAUCAGUAGGGAACUACAGAGCUGUCUUGAAAAGGUAGAAGAAGACCCGCAGAACAUAUUCAACACUCAGUUAUUUGCACGCUUGAAAAGCAUUACAAAAAAAUUCAGCAAUCUGAAACCACCGCAGAUAUCUCAACUUAUUAAUAUAAUAAUCACAGGCCUUGCAACUGAAUGUGAGAACACAUCAGGCGAUCUUCAAGCCAAUGAUGAUCAGACAUUUGACAGUCACCGACAAGCACUCAAUAUGUGGAGCUUUUUACUCGGUUGGGCUACAUAUUUAGCAGAAAACAAAGCACAAUCAAAGCAGAAUCAGAAAGAGACUGGAGAAUUCACUAGCAGAUCGGGCCGACGCGGAAAAGAACGAAACAAUGAACCGAGUCAAUGGAAUUGGGAUGAACAAAGAAAGGCUACCUUGACUGUGAUGGUAAACGUAUUGAAAUUGAAUCUUGAAAGUAUAUGGGUUAUGAAACAGGAAUUGGAGACUUUUGUUGGAAUAUUUACAAAGACAGUUUUCCUAAUAUUGGAAAGUCCACUAAAUAUCAAAGAUCAAUCGACCAAAAUGCACUUGUUUGAAAUACUAGCCAUCUCGACGAAAAACUAUAAGCAAACCUUUGCAAUAAAAACCUCCAUCCUCCAACAUCUUCGCUAUUACGAACACAUGCCGGAACCAACGGCCGAGCUACUCGGAUAUUUACAUAAUAAAUACACGUACACACAAUUAACUGACGAUAUACUAAUGGAAAUUGGUGAUGCUGAUCUAUCAGUUCAAGACAAGACUGGUCCAAAGCAGUUUUCUAAAUUCUUGGUGAGACUGUCAGAAGUAGCGGCUAGCCUUGUACUGAGGCAAUUAGUACAUGUGAUGAAGCAUAUGGACAGUCCGGUUGGUCCGAUGCGUGUGGCUGUCAUUGAGAUUACUGGAAAUCUUAUUGAGCAUCUGGCAAAUAGAGAUGAACAGACAGAGUCGGAUAAAGAGACUUUGAAUAAUCUUUUUAAUAUAUUAAAACAGCGUUCUCUGGAUCUUAAUGGAUUUGUAAGAGCAAAAGUGAUGCAGGCCUGCAUUAAAAUAUGCGACCUAAAGGCGAAGUUUCCCAAAGCGAGGCAGCAUCUGGUAGAUCGGGCAAUCCAAUGUCUGAAAGAUAAGAGUGUAAUUGUACGCAAAUACGCUAUACAAGCACUGGCAAAAUUUAUCCGAACUCAUCCAUUCGGUAUGGUCUAUGGUGGGGAACUUCGAUCGCAACCAUGGAAGGACGGGUUAGCGAAAAUCAAUGAGGAUUCUUCGUCUAUAGAACCUCCCGAGGAGCUUUCUCAUAUUACACAGGAGUCCCCUCCGUCAUCUCCACUCGCUGAUGCCCAAUCAUCCCGUCCCUCAUCGCCAUCACCAAUAUCUUCCAACGUUUCUCCAGAGUACUACGAAAAACUCAACUUAACCAAAAGAUAUUAUGCCGAUGCCUUGCGUUUCAUCGAAUCGCUUUCAACGGCUAUACCAACAUUAUUUCAGUUAUUGGACUCGAUCAAUAAAUCUGAAGUUAUUGAAACUAUGGAGUUUUUUGUUGCAGCCUAUCAGUACAAAUUGGAUCGCGCCGAAGAGGGAUUGACAAAAAUGCUACAUCUGAUAUGGUCACGAGAGACAGAUGAAGGAAAGAGUGUAAAGAAGAAGUUGAUAGAAUGUUAUCAAAAUGUUUAUAUAUCAACUGGAGAAGGUGCUGCCGAGAUAGAAAGAGUUGAGCAAACAGUUCGGAAUCUUGUUAGAUUGGCCGAUACAACCUCUGUUGCAAAAUUAACUUCCCUCGAAGAGCUCUUUAGCACAAUGAUGUCAACAGAACUUAUAUCACCCGAAGUAAUAGAAAGACUCUGGACUGUUUAUGCUGCAUCAAAUUCUCAAACCAGUGCAAAAGAACGUCGAGGAGCUAUGAUGGUGCUUGCGAGUUUGGCAAAAGCAAAGAAGGAGAUUAUCUCAGAGAAACUAAAUGUAUUGCGUAAUAUUGGACUUAGUUCUGCUGGAAGGCAAGAUCUCGUGUUGGCAAGAUAUACUUGCAUUGCAUUGCAGCGUCUUGCCGGAGAGGCCAAAAUCAAAGGUUCACCACGGGAUGAAUCCACAAGAUUACCCGUAUCACAUCCGAUAUUUGAAGAUCUCCGCAAUAUACUUGAGAUACACACAAACUCCAAUCAAUGGUAUCCUCUCGCCGAACAAGCGAUAAAUGCCAUUUAUGUCCUAUGUAAUAACCCAGAUAUUCUAUGCGGAGAAAUCAUCAAACAAAAGACGAUUUUCGUCUUUAAACUAGAUGACGACAGUUUUAGGGAUGAACCGAGUACAAGUGAACCUGUCACAGUUAAUACGACACAAUUGAGUCAGUUACUGUUUAUUGUUGGACAUGUCACUCUCAAACAACUUGUGCAUCUCGAGACUAUCGAAGCUGAAUGGAAAAGACGGAAACAGUCGGGCGAAACGAAAGAUAAAAAUCACGUUGAAGAUGAAUUAGAUCAAAUUGUUGGAACAACAGAGGAUGAGUUUAGUGAAAUGAUAACACAAAUACGGGAAUAUGAGCUUCUAUAUGGGGCCAAUUCGUUAUUGGGCGAAUUCGGAGGAUUAGUGGCUAAAAUCUGUGCCAACAGAAAGGUCUUUAAUGACAAUAUGUUGCAAUUUUCUGCCACACUGGCUCUAGCCAAAUUUAUGUGUGUCAGCUCGCAGUAUUGUGAAACGUAUUUGCCUCUACUGUUCAAUGUGCUUGAGAAAUCAAAUGACGAUACCCUUAGAUGCAAUAUAAUAAUUGCGCUGGGAGAUUUGGUUGUUCUUUUCAACAACAUCAUUGAUCCAGAGAUUAAUGUUUUAUAUGAGCUGCUUGCGGAUGAAAGCUUAGAGAUCAAGAGGAACGCUUUGAUGGUUCUUACACACUUGAUCCUCAAUGGAAUGAUCAAGACCAGAGGACAACUUGGUGAGAUGGCCAAAUGCGUGGCGGAUGAGAACAGCAGAAUUAGCAAUCUUGCUGGACAAUUUUUCACAGAAUUAGCCAAGAAGGAGAAUGCAGUAUACAACAAUUUGCCAGAUAUUAUAAGUAAUUUGUCACGUGGUGAAAAUGCAGUGGACGAAGACUCGUUUAAAAGAAUAAUGAAAUUCUUGUUUAGAUUUAUCGAAAAGGAUAAACACUCUGAAAACGUCAUUGAGAAGUUAUGUCAAAGAUUCAAAAAUCUUGAUGAUAAGCGACAAUGGAGAGAUAUUGCUUAUUGUCUCUCUCAAUUACAAUACAAACACGAUGGCAGUGUCAGGAGAUUAGUCGAGGGCUUUCCUAAUUAUCAAGACAAAUUACAGGAUACGGACGUUCUCAAACACUUUCGCGAAAUCGUGAAUAAGCUAAAGGCACGAAAGGAACAGUCCACAGAGAUGAAGCAGUUCAUAGAGGAAUAUGAAGCAAAGGUGAAAGCGUGUGAAGUAACGUCGUGA